GGCACACAAUGCAUUAUAAAUGCGUCAAAGAGAUGGAGAAACAUUGCCGGUACUCAUGCCCCAUCUGCUCAAAGUCCAUUGGUGAUAUGACACGUCACUGGGAAAAGCUUGAUCAAGUGGUUGCCUCAACUCCAAUGCCUGAAACAUACCAAAAUAAGAUGGUGUGGAUUCUCUGCAAUGAUUGUGGAGCAAACUCACUUGUCCAAUUCCAUAUUGUGGGACAUAAAUGCCUAAGCUGCAAAUCCUACAAUACUAGACAGAUACAAGGAGAUCCAACUGCUUCAUGUGCAUCAAGCGUGACUGAGAUAGUGAGAUGACAUGCUGGUUGAUGAAGACUCUUAGAUUAAAUUAAUGAUAGUUUUUCACUCCUAGGUAGCACUAGCACUGCCAAGAUCACAGUCUGUUUAUCCAGCUGGCUUUUCUCCAUGGUACUCAAAUUCUUAUUGUGAGAGCUCAAGAGCAGGGAGAAACAACUCUUCUUCAGCAUUGUUACUCCAUUAUUUUAGUCAAUUAUUAUAGUCUUGUUAAUGUGUUGAUAGGGGGUAAACUGCAAAGCAUGUUCUGAAACGUUGGAUGAAGCCAAGCUUUGGUGUUGUAUACGCAAUUUUAUCAUGAAUGUCAUUCUUUCCUUCUUUCAUUCUUUAAAAUCCGUGUUCAAUGAGAAUUAUUUCAGCUUUUCAUUUUGGAA